CCGCUCUUUUCCGGUCUGCUGCGUGCUUUACUCUACGGGAUCUGGAACGCGCUAGGCAGCAGUCACAACCAACGACCGUAGUCAUGUUCAGACUCACCCGCCCACUCUUUCAAGUAGCCCGGAAGACAACAACGGGCAUCACCGGACUUGCCGUUCAUCCCAAUCCUCUACCCGAACUGAGGACGACAUAUGAAUCCACACUUUCUGUCCUCGCCUCCAUUCCGGCCACAUCCGUCUACAGGCAAGGAGUCGAGGCGCUCACGAAACACAAACUCUCUAUCGUACAAAAUGCCGAGGACGACAUAAGCGCGGCCGAGAAACAGCUUGAUGAGGGACAGGUUGAAGAGUCCAUAAAUAUUGCCAAGGAUGAGCUCACGCUUGCCCAAAACAUGCUCGAGUGGAAAGCUUGGGAACAACUGGAGGAAACUCCAGAGCCAGGACAGUGGGAUUAUUUCGGCAACAUAGCUAAGAGCACUACUAUAUCCUCAUAAUUCGUUCAUUGUUUGUCCUACCACUGGUAGCGAACUCGCUUUAAGCAGCAUGCAGCUUUGUCAGUUAGACUCUAGCUGACUCUGGCAUCAGCUUUUUCUAUGUCGCGUUUUCACCAUACGAACGAACUCCCCAGUACCCCUCAAUCAAUAGACAUCUGGUGAUACUUCAGGCAGGAAUGUACAACUGCGUGGUAUUUUACAUAACAUCCU